AUGUGCGAUGCAAGUGAUUAUACAAUUGGUGCAGUGUUGGGGCAGAGGAAAGGAAAGGUGUUUCAUUCCAUUUACUAUGCAAGCAAGGUCCUGAAUGAUGCUCAGCUGAAUUAUGCUACUACUGAAAAAGAAAUGCUUGCUAUUGUCUAUGCACUGAAGAAGUUUCGAUCGUACUUGGUUGGAUCAAGAGUGAUUGUGUUCACAGAUCACGCAGCCAUCAAGUAUCUUCUCACAAAGGCCAAUUCCAAACCAAGGCUAAUUAGAUGGAUUCUCUUGCUUCAAGAGUUUGACUUGGUCAUCAAGGAUAGAAAGGGAUCAAAGAAUUUUGUGGCUGAUCACCUAUCAAGACUGGUCAAUGAAGAAGUCACGCACAAAGAACUGGAAAUCCGUGAUGAAUUCCUAGAUGAAUCACUGCUGGUUGUGAAUGAGAGACCAUGGUUUGCUGACCUUGCUAAUUAUAAGGCUGCAGGAAUCAUCCCCAAGGAUUUUAAUUGGCAUCAGAGAAAGAAGUUUUUGCAUGAUGCUCGCUUCUAUAUUUGGGAUGACCCACAUUUGUUUAAAAUUAGAGCAGACAAUUUGCUGAGAAGAUGUGUGACCAUGGAGGAGUCCAGAAGUAUAUUGUGGCACUGCCAUAACUCUCCUUGUGGGGCUCACUACAGUGGGCAUAAAGCAGCAACAAAAAUCUUGCAAUCUGUCUUCGAUUGUUGGGGUAUUGACUUUGUUGGUCCUUUUCCCUUAUCUUAUGGGAAUAAGUACAUAUUGGUGGCCAUUGAUUAUGUUUCUAAAUGGGUAAAGCCUGUUGCUACUCCAAAGAAUUAUGCAAAGACUAUUGUCAAGUUUCUAAAGAAGAACAUAUUUUCGUGCUUUGGGGUACCAAGAGUCUUGAUCAGUGACGGUGGCUCACAUUUCUGCAAUGUCCAACUUCAAAAAGUGUUGGGGCACUACAAUGUAACGCAUAAGGUGGCCUCACCUUAUCACCCUCAAACAAAUGUUCAGGCUGAGGUCUCUAACAGGGAAUUGAAAAAGAUAUUGGAGAAGACUGUGGUGUCUACAAGGAAGGACUAG